AUCUGACACCAAUCUGCCAUGGAAAGAAUUUGCUGAUUCUUUUACAUAAUAUUUUUUUAAUAAUUUGCAAUAAUAAUUUUAAGGAUAAUAAAACAAAAUUCGACGGUAAUUCAAUAUGGACAUGGAUAAGGAUCAAGAAUCUCCAAAGAAGUGCUUUUGCGCAAGAUGCUUCCUCCCGAUCGAGCCGGAGGACAAGGUGGACAUCGAUGGACAGAAUUUCCAUAGAGUAUGCAGCAUGUGCUGUAUUUGCCGGACAAUUCCCACGUCGCUAAAGAUGUUCUACGGGCACGUAUUCUGUAACGAAUGCUUCAAAAAUCAUGUUCUGAGCAGGUUUAAGGGUGAAAGCCCACGAAUGCAUUCAAAUAGCUGGUGGAUGCAAUGGGCACCGGGUGUGAAGCCGCCGCAGCAACAAAGAGAGAACGAAAAGGAUGAGAACGCACAGAAUGCUGACCAUACGGAGAAACCUGAAACAGAUGAAAAAGAAAAGGACAAAGAAACUUGCAAAGAAAAGAGCGAUCCAGCGAAGAAAUGCAUCUGUGCGCGUUGUCUACAAGCGGUGGACGAGGCGCAUAAGGUUGACAUUGGUGGCCAAAGUUUCCACCCGCAGUGCGCUCGAUGCUAUUUUUGCCACUGCGUCCCCAAAGACAACGUGAAGAUUUACUACGGCCAGGUGUUCUGUGAGGAUUGCUUUCACCGGCAUGUGCUGAACCGCAAUCGCGACAACCCGAGUGAGUUCUUCCGGAACUGCUUCGAUCAGUGGCAGAACAACGCGCAGUUUGCGGAGCACAUGAAAGAUUUCUUGGCUGGGAGCGAGCGGGCUCCGUUCAUCUUCAUGAUGCAGCAGGGGCAGCAGGGUGCGCACCUGCCGUCUUGCGGAUGCGGCACGAACCCACACCCGAAACCCCCAAAACCGGAGUGGUUCCAGACGAACGCGAACGAAACGAAGAAAUGUGCGUAAGAGUUUGAAAAAUUUUCACAGCUGCGACCCCGAUGCCGGCCAAAUCCUCCACAGGCGAGGAGUCCAUCGGUACUUUCGACCUGUCGUUUGAGACCCGCACCGAAAUUUCUGAUAUCCCAGAGUCCAACGAAUCAGCAAAUCAAGAAAAUUUGCUUGUGGCUGCAG